CAGAGAGCCUAGCGAAUUUCAGCAGACGCAGAAACUAACGGGCAGACGACAUGGAGCGGAUUAUCGUCUGCCUGGCAUUUCUAAUCGGCAGCAUGAUGAUUACAAUUACGGCAGACGCUUGCCCAAUCAACACUACAUUCGGUGAUAGUUGUGAUUACCAGUGUCACUGUGCCGGCAACGUCCCCUGUAACCCAGUGAACGGAUCCUGCCCUAACGGAUGUGCCGAUGGCUGGGAAGGCGAGUAUUGUCAGCGAGGGAAUGCUGCCACAGGAAAGUCUUCAGACGCAAGUCAGAGUUCGACCAAUGGAAUGUAUUCUGCCUCACGAGCCCUUGAUGGGAGAUUUGACCAAAACUUUCCCAGCUGCAGUCAUACACAAGAAGAAAAACAACCUUGGUGGCAGGUGGAUCUAGGAAAGGACUACGUCGUCUUCGCGGUUAGAAUAUGGAACGUUCGUCAUGUUGAUGGAGACAAUGUAUCCAAGUGUAAGAAAAGCGAUAAAGGCACCGAAUACAGAGGAACAAUCAGCACAACAAUACGUCAUUACAAUUGUAAGGACUGGUCACUUCAGACCAACCACAGACCGCCGCCAUCUGCUAACUAUUGCCGGAACCCAUCAAAUGAAGCAAGACCUUGGUGUUAUACUAGUAAUGGCCCAAGUGAGGGAUGGGACUGGUGCAAUAUUCCAAAGUGUGAAGAAAGGCUGAGCAACUUUAAGAUCAGUUUGGAUAAUCACGGUUGUCACCACUUUACUGGGAUAGUAGCGAAUGGUGGAUCGCCAGAAAUAAGGUGUGACAGCCCUGUCGUCGGGAGACACCUGAAAAUCCAACUCCUCGUUUCAACAUUCCUCACCUUGUGUGAAGUGAGCGUAGCAGCUUUCCAGUAUAGAGCAUGCCAAACCAAGCAUUAUGGCCCUAACUGUAACAACCGAUGCCAGUGUGCCAAUGAUGACAAGUGCGACGACAAAACAGGAGGAUGUCCUAUCGGAAUAUGUAACGACCGCUUCACGGGACCUUACUGCAACAUCGAAAUACCAACAUGCUCUGAGCAUAGUGCAGCCACGCCAACUUCCAUCAGUAUCCAGUGGCCGUAUAUUAGACCCCACGACAGUCCCUACGACGCGGUUACCGAACUCAAAUACCAUGUGGUUUACAAACAACUUUCCUCGGGAACCACGACUCUAGACAUCAAAGAAUUUCCCGCUGGCAAAGGAACGAUGAACGCCAACUUGACGGGUCUGCAACCGUCGACAGCGUACAAUAUCGGUCUUAAAAUUAAGUAUUCUUUCACUGGGAGGACAUUUGGAAGUUCGACCGGCCCCAAGACGACCCUUCAAACAGGUUCUUGUCAAGACCACAUGAUUUCACCAAACGUAACAGUGGAGGCCAAUACAAUUGACAUGGGUAAAUCCUUCCCCUUUAGAGCGCGCCUAUCUAUAAAGAUGGAGGUUACUGGAAUGCUUGCCGAUUGCAUUAGGUGGUUAGAUAUCUACUACAAGGCCACACGUGGUACAAGGUUUAAGCGAAUACGAAAGGCUGAUCCAAUUUACACGAUAGAAACUCUGUCCCCUUAUACGGAGUAUGAAGUCAAUCCGAGUGUAGUGAGUCCUGAUGGUAAAGUGAGGAACGGUACAAGCAUCAAAAUAAUAACAGCAGAAGAUAUUCCGCUGGCACCGAGUGUCAGAAAAUCCGGGGCAAGCCCGACUUCAAUAUCAGUGACAGUGGUCCCACCAAAUCCAUCUUACGGUGUCAUCACUCAGUACAUCCUCGAAAUGAGCGAACAGUGGACAGAUGGUGUGAAAAAAAGUACUGAUUUGCAACCAACCGAUCCUUCUUACACGUUUAAGAACUUGGCUUUAAAAGCUACCUACGGCUUCCGAGCCAAGGCUAGCACAUCAAAGGGGGAUGGAGCCUGGAGUGAAGCAAUAAAAAUCAUCACCGAAGAAAGCAUUCCUGGCCCACCUGAUACCCUAGAAGUUACAGAACAAACGACCAGCAGCUUGAAGGUGGUCUGGACCCAGCCCAAAUACCAAAGUGGAAUUCUUUUAGACUAUAAGGUGACAUGCACUCCGUUAUUUUCCUACGACGAGAAGGUCAACCGGGACAUGGCGGCUUACACUAAAGAGUCUAACCCCGGUCCUUCUGUGAACGAGCUGGAAGUUUCUGGCCUCCAGCCAGCCACGGAAUACAACUGUAGUGUUGCGGCACAGACAUCCAUGGGAUAUGGACCAUGUGUUUGGCUUAGGAACUGGACCAAGCCAGAAGAGGCUAAAGUCCCAGCGAAUCUCUUCGUAAGCGUCUCUCCUGAUAAAACUACCGAUACAACUAUCACUGUUUACAUAACUGAAAUGCCAGAUAUGCUAGAAACAGGUACAGUUAGUAAAUUGUAUAUUGCUGUUGAGAAAGUCGGCGGAGGUCGCAGGAAGAGGUCGAUACCACUGCGAGAAGAUGAGCAUAACCGGCUUAUCGAUCAUGAUACCGCGAAGGAGAAAGGCUACACUAGUUACAUUGCAGCCGAACUUGCCGCGGACUUCAGUGGUCCAUUCGUUAUCGGAGAUGGCAAGACGUAUGGUAGUUACUACAACGCCCCACUAGAGAAGGGACAGUCAUAUGAUGUCAUCUUUGGGAUGGCGUUCACAGUUGGUGAAAUGUCAACUGUUGCUUACCGGAGAUAUGGGAGGCCUAUCAAGGUUGAAAGCAAGUCAAAUAUAGGCAAAGUAGCUGGACUGGCUGUUGGUAUCCUGGUUGCACUGGCAGCUCUCAUUGUUCUUGCUGUUAUUAUUUACAGAAGGAAGUCCCAUGGAAAGAAACAGCGAGAGAGCAAACCAUUCGACGAAGAUGUUCAAGGCAUCAUGAAAACGAAAGGAGAUCAUGAAAUGGACAAUCUCGAUUUAGCUGCCGAGCCAGGACCUAGCACGGCUGGAGAGGUUGACUCUGAAGGUCAAGAACACUCCAUGCCUAUAUCAGGCCUGAUUGGGUACGUGAAGGCAAUCCGAGGAGAAAGGGCUGCAGAAUUCACUGGGGAGUUUGAGUCGCUGCCAAAGAAUAUGGUGAAAUCUGUCGAGCAAGCCAAGGAAGAAGCCAACCUGCCGUUAAAUCGCUAUAAGAACAUUUUAGCAUAUGACCAUAGCCGUGUUGUCCUCCAACCCGUCGGCAGCCAGAUAUCAGACUACAUUAAUGCAAGCUUCAUCCAUGGUUACCAAGGAGAGAACGCCUUCAUUGCUUCACAGGGGCCAAUUCCCACGACGAUACCAGCGAUGUGGCGCAUGAUAUGGCAGGAACGUUGUGCGACCGUUGUGAUGCUCACACACUUUAAAGAAAUGGGAAAGCCGAAGUGCGACCAAUACUGGCCGGACCAGGGAAGGACGACCUACGGCCCAUUUACUGUGCAGCUGGCGGAAGAAUACAAAUACACAGACUAUGUGAAGCGGAUCCUCACUGUUACUUUGAAUGAGGAGGUACACACUGUGAAGCACUUCCAUUUCACCUCCUGGCCUGAUCAUGGCGUCCCAAAGUUCGCCUGCUCCAUGCUAAACUUCAGACGACAAGUGUUUCAGGAGACUGAAUAUGGGAAGGCGCCCAUAUUGGUACACUGCAGUGCUGGGGCAGGCCGGACUGGGACCUUCAUCGGUAUCGACUACCUGAUCCGCCAAGGAAAGGCUGAGAAGAAAGUCAAUUUCUACGAGUGUGUCCUCAAAAUGAGAGAGCAGAGACCGAACAUGGUACAGAACGUGGGUCAGUACGCGCACGUACACGACGCCAUUUUGGAGUUCUUCAAGGUCGGGAUCACCUACAUCCAGAGCGCCUUUUACCCCGAGGCAUACUGCAAUCUCAUCAAGCCCCUUCCAGAGCAAGCAACGUGUAGGUUGCAGCAACAGUACUCGAUCAUGAAAAUUUUCACAGACGCCAUAGUCCCUUCAGAUAAAGCUAUCUGCCAUAGUAGCAAGAACCGGAAUCAGUACAUUGUACCAGAUGAUAUGUCUCGGGUCGUGCUCUCUCUCCCUGUGAGUGGUUGGGAUGAUUAUGUCAAUGCAGUGUAUGCCACGGGUUACGGUGAACGGGACACCUACAUCAUCACCCAGAUGCCCCUGCCGGAGACAAUGAAGGACAUCUGGCGGAUCGUGCAUGAUACGGGAAUCUCCACUAUUGUCAUGAUGAACGUGGUCGACUCUGAGCUUGCUCCAGAUUAUUGCCCGGUGGAAAGAGAGCGCCUGGAGCUCGGGCCGCUGGUCGUAGAGGGUCUGGCCACUUCCACCUCAAACAGUGAUAUCGUUUCGAGGGAUUUCAGAAUAUCAAUGAUGGAGAGUAAAGGGGAUAAAGGCGACAUGUCGGGUCGACUGGUCCGGCACUUUCAGUUACAAAACUGGCCCGAUGGUCAGCCGACUCCAUCCUCCCCGGAGUCGAUUGUGGAGCUGUUACAAAUGGUGGAAAAGUGGCUACAAAAGGUCGAGAACAAGACGAUACUUGUGCAGUGCUUGGACGGUGCUUCCCAGAGUGGUGUCUUCUGCGCGGCGCAUUCCGUCAUAGAGAAGGUCAAGGUCGACCAUGAGGUGGAUGUUUUCCAGUAUCUCCGUCUGCUCAGGUCAAACAGACCACAACUCGUCAACACUUACGAGCAAUACAAGUUCAUCCACGAAGUUGUCCUUGAGUAUCUGAAGGGAUUUGAAACCUACGCGAACUUCCUAUAGGUUUUGGAAGUUUAUUUUCAGUGCAAGUGCUGUCGUUGGGCUUGCUUUUAACAAAAGCGGAAGGUCCCGUAUCAGCUAUCGAAAAGGAGGGCACCUUUUUCAAGGAGAAGAGUGUCUGCAGUGUCCGGGCCUACAGUGUUGUAAACUGGAUUUACAGCUAGCUGUUGAGUUAGUGCAGCAUGGCGCUUCAGAGGGCACUACAUGAUGCAUACAUGGCAAAGUAAAACCUCCACAAGAAGACAACUACAUUUAUUCAAGAAUGUAGCAUUUCUAUUGAACUCUUCAAUCAACACAGCAUUUAUCAGGUGCUACUGUAUGUAAGGUAUGAACUGACCACGUCAUUGACUAUAUCCAGUUGGAUGAAAACACAUGCUUCCUAGUCACAUACAACACUCAAGUUGAACAGGUUGACUCUUGGACUCACGAGGCAGUCCAUUUCGACAUCCUUUUUUUCAUACCCGGCCUUCUCAUGGGGAUGAGGCCGGUCCGCUGCGUCUAGAGUGUAGGUGUAGUUGACUCUACGGUGGCACAUACAUGGCAUAAAAAACAUGCACAUUUCAUAUUUUGUAUUCUAAUUUAUUCAAGGUCGUGCAAUAUUUGAGAAUUUACUCGCAUUAUAAUCAUGAUAUACAGACAUACAACUUAUCAAUAAAUU